AUGGCCAUGGAUGCCUUGAAGAAUAAAAAUGCACUUGACUGGAACAGAAUAUUAUCUCCCUGCAUUGACCGCUCAUCAACAACAAUGGAAUUCCUAGGCUCUGCCAUGAAUGAAUUGUGCUUUACUCAAGAAAGUAACAGGAGAGGAAGAUUAGGCCGGAGAAAGGUCGAAUACGAUGAUACCAGAGAGUACAAAUCCAAGAACCUUCAUGCUGAGAGGAGGAGAAGACAAAAGCUUAGUGAUAGGCUCCUGGCAUUACGAUCUAUGGUCCCUAUAAUCACCAAUAUGAACAAGGCGACCAUAAUUGAGGAUGCAAUUACUUACAUCCAGGAGCUGCAGCAGAAUGUGAAGCUUCUCAGUGACCAGCUUCUUGAAAUGGAGGGAUCGUCCGAGGAGGCAGUCCAGAAAAGGAGUGAUGAGAUUAAUGCUGCAGAGGAAAUGAAGCAAUGUGGAAUAAUGGAAGAUGUUCAGGUGACUAACAUUGAUAGGAAUAAGCUAUGGAUUAAGAUUAUCUUGGAGAAGAAGAGAGGCAGGUUCACUAGACUAAUAGAGGCCAUGACUUAUCUUGGCCUUGAACUCACUGACACCAAUGUUGCCACCUCUAAAGGAGCAAUGCUUGUUUCCUCCUGUGUUGAGGGUAGUUAUGGAGAUACACUUACAGUUGAGCAGACCAAGGACCUUCUGCUGGAGAUCAUCAAAAGCAUAUAGAUAGAUUGAUUUAUCCAUUCAUCAUAUUCAUAUUAUUUGAGCUUAAAAAACAUUAAUUAAACAGUACUAUAUAUUGUUAUUCAACUUUGAGAUGUUA